UACAUUACAAGUCACAUUGCUUUAAUCUGAUAUUUUGCUCAGCUCUGUUCUGUACAAUUAGACCAAACAGUCUAAAGUUAGAACUUUGUUUUUAACCUGCAUAGUAGAUUUAAACAUUAGAGUGCACCUACUGAACUCUCUGAACUGGGCAAGAUGACCUAGGCUCAUGUGUUUAUACCACAUCAAUAAAUAAAAAGGGUGUCUGGAUGCUAGGGCCCUGUAGCAGUACACACACACAGGGUUCUUACAGCCUGGCUCGGUUAACAGUGUUUGAGAAUCAUUAAACCCUUCAUUAGCAGUUAACAGUCACCGCAGGGCUCAGCUCAGGAGACCGUAACUCUGGAGACAAAAUGAAAACACUGACAGCUAACGCCACACUACUAUCUUUUUUCUACAGGACUAGACAGCAUCUGAGCAUAGCACUGUUUUAAUACUAAUACUAGUGCGUAACCUUCCAGGAAAGGCCAUGUGGCGACACCCCUGUGAAGACUUCAGGAUUUCAGGAGUGCAGUAUUUCUCCCGCCAUAAAGGAGAGGUCAACUGUUGCUCCUUCUCCCCGGAUUGUCAGAUUCUCCUCACCUGCUCAGAUGAUGGGGGUCUUUAUCUAUGGCAUGCAGUGAGAGGAAAACUCCUGGCCAAAGUGUGUGGACACACAGGGCCAGUGAAAUGCUGUGUUUUCUCCAAAGAUGGGCAUUUCUUCGCAAGUGCUUCUCAUGACUGCUCCGUUGGAAUCUGGAGCGUUACACCAAUUGAACGUGUGCACACACUCACAGGACACACACGGAGUGUUGAGACUGUGAGCUUCAGUGUGGAUGGGAAGUGGCUUGUGUCCGGGGGUUGGGACAACACUGCUCUGCUCUGGGACACACAGACAGGAAUAAAGGUGAGGGAGUUCCUGGGUCACAGUGCUGCUGUUCAGAGCAGCUUUUUCUCCACAGACUCACAGCUUUUGGCCACAGGCUCUUGGGACUGUACAGUGAAAGUGUGGAGUCUUGAUUGUGAUGAGGAGACUGUAACAUUAGAGGGUCAUCAGGGAAAUGUGGCCUGCCUCUGCUUUUCCACCACAGGGAUGCUGGCAUCUGGGUCGUGGGAUGGAACAGUGCGAGUGUGGUUACCAAAGAGCCAUGAGUGUGUUUUUGUGUUGGGCGGGACUGAGCAGGUGUGGGUCCGGUGUGUGGCCUUCUCAAGAGAUGGAUUAACUUUAGCAUCCACCGCUGAAGGAGACACGGUGAAAAUCUGGGACAUGGAGAGCGGCAGGUGUAUUAAGUGUUUACGGGGCCAUAAGGAUUCAGCGUAUGGAUGUACCUUCAGCCCCAGUGGUGCACUGCUCACCAGUGGCUCUGAUCAGCUGGACCUGGAGGAAGAGGAAUAUAAACAUUGGAAGGAUUGUAAAGACUAAGGACAAAAACACAGAACAUUCAGACCAACCAUCAUACGAGCUCAGAUUAUCAGAGCUUAUUUCAGCUGAUUGUUGUGUUUUAUAGUAACAUGUGGACUGAGUACCAUCUCUGAAGGCAUCUCAGUGCUCCAAGAAGGCCAUAAACCCUUGCUCAAAGGGAAAAUAUUAUUAAUUCCUAAAGAUCAACUGCCAGGAUGUUGUUAAUGGUGGUGAUAUGUUUACCUGCUUGAACUAUUUUGAGUUAUAUAAGUGAUCACUAACCUGUCCACCACUCUUCAUGAGUUCAAAUAAUCUCACAUUAUUGUUCCCUUUAUGGUAAAAAGGAAUUCAGGUCUUGGAGCAGCAAAGCAUUUCUUAAGAGUCAAACUACCACCACCAUGCUUCAUAGCUGGUGUGAUGUUCUUACAUAAAAAAGAAAACACAGUGUUAGGUUUUAUACCACAAAUAAGGGGUCUAUUUCUCAGACAUAUAUUAGGCCUAGUCAUAAAAUAUAUUUCCUUUAAUUGAGGAUCGCUCAUCUUUUAUUUGAAUUUUCUUGAAUAUGUGCAUAAUUUUUAUACCUGAUUAUAAUAAAUGUACAUGAUUAUACAAAAAAAAUAAAAUUUGAAGAUUAUGGAUAUCUCUUAAGAAGGCUGUGCUGACCUCUAGUGGUAAACUUUGAGUACUGUUAAAUACCUACACAUCUUAAAUUCCUACAUUGACCACUGAAGACCUUACGGGUCUUUUCUGUUUACUUUUAACAUUUUGUUUAUACAUUUCAGUAAAUGGUUGUUUUUAAA